CGGCCCUUCGUUAGGCCGUGCGGUUGUUCCUCACGGUCUGAGGGCAGCAGGCGCCUUUGUCGCGGUCCGGUUUCUGCUGUGGAAGUAACGGCUUCACGCUGAGCUGGGUAGAAGUGUGCCAGUGGGACUCAGGCUGAAGUUACCUUAUUUUUAAAUCUGGAACAGCCGAAGCUUUGUUAAUCAUCUCUGUGACUCAGCUACGCCGGUGCUUGUGCGCCAGGCCCCUACAGCAAAAUCCGACUCUGUUGUCAUUACUGGCUCUGACAGUGAACAAAGUGAAACAAUAUGUUAAUAUCACAGCUGACUUCCCAGUUAUUGAAGGCUUCACGAAUUGCAGGCCACCUUUUGCCAAGGUCAGUGUCUCCCUUUCUUUGCUGUCAUUCUACAUCUGCGCGCUAUAGCACGCAGCCAUCUAACAAGAGUGGAGCCCAACCUCAGCAGUGGUACGCUCUGGACCCUGAACUGGAAGAGGUGCUGAUCCCCAGAAAACUUUCCAUAAGCCCCUUAGAAAGCUGGCUGACGGUUAGAUACUCCCUUCCUAAAGUAGAAGUCCUUAAUGCUCAGGAAGAAGUGGGCUAUGAACCGCUCCAGCGAUAUGACUGUCCCCCGUCUGAUGAGGGAGCUGAUGUGGAGGAAGGAGAAGGAACACUUAGCAACAAACUUGAAUGUAAGAACGUUUUGAAGAUUCGCAGAAGGAAAAUGAAUCGGCACAAGUUCAAAAAGCUGCUAAAGCGAAGAAAGUUUGUACGGAGGAGGAUAAAGGAAGGUCGCAAGAAGAAACGUCAGAUAAAAUUUGAGAAAGAUUUGGAGCGCAUCUGGAAAAGAGCUGGCCUGAAAAAUCCUCCUGCGGGAUGGCAAACACCCAAGAUAUUUCUGAAAAGUUCAAAGCGAUAAAAACACUUGUAAUGAGUUUUAACCUGUAAUUGUAAUUAAAAAAUAUUUAAGUACGUGGAUUACUUUUAA